ACGAAUCCUCCCAGUAAAUUUCAGCUGCAUAAUUAAAGGUCUAACUAAAAGAAAUGGGAUCUUCCCCCUUGAGGAAUAGAAAGGAUUGCAGGAGAGUGUUUAAGAAGUUAAUUUCCCCCAGUCUUUAGGUAGCGGGAAGAUAUUUGUGUUUCUGCUUCCUCUGGUCUCCCCCUUCCAGCAUUUCUGCCCCCCACCCUCAGCAGCUGGUUUCUGUUCAUUAUAAAUCGGCGAGACCUUUCAGUCUCUGCCCUCUGUUUAGGGACGUAAUAAAACACUUAACUUUUCCGGGCCUGAGACUUACAUUCUGCUCCUCAGGUCGCCCACCCCUGAGCCUACCACCUUUAGGCCCCAAAAGAGAAUCUCCCCAACUUUGGGGCUCCUUUCAUCUCUGGAUAUGAUUGAGGGAGGGGCUCCAGGAAACUCAGACGUUCUUGUCAGGGGGCUGUAGCACAUGCUUCCCUCAAAGCUUCUUCUUUCUCUUAAGGUCCCUCCCUCCCCCACACAUCCAUAAAAAAAGAUUUUAAAAUACACAAAAAUCCACACUCAUGGAAAGCAGAACUUCAUUAAGACAUCCUAUCUUCCAUCAUUCAAUUUGUUUUACAUUGCAACAAUUUAAUAUCUUGAAGGAAGUACCACUGACAUGAUUUAUCCCUCUAGCAAUCUCAUUCUGAAAUAGGGGGGAAAUUUACUCUUUCUUGCCAUGGCUUCUACUUGUUCCACUGCUACCCUCAGGGCAGACAGGAGGCUGGGAACUUUGAAAGAGGCUACUGGUGUCCAGGGGUGCACUGACUUGUUCCCUAGCUCAGCCUCAGAAUUACCCUCCCCUCUGUAAGCUCUCCCCCUACCUCUUGCCCUGCAGGGGGACCGGAGCCCCAGCCAGCUGUUGGAAACCUCUGCCCAGGCAUGCCAUGAAUUCAAGUACAGAUGGAUUGGAAAGCAAAAUGCAACACACUAUUGUCUGUGUUUGGGGGAGCAACUGCUAUGUCACCCCCAAAUGAGACAGCUUUUUAAAAUCUCUCUCUUAGCCAAAGCCUCCUCCUCUACCUUCUUCAUCUUGAAAAGAAAAUGGUGUAGUCCAAGGGAUAGAAACUUCCACAAUUACCAGGAUCUUUCUUCUACUCUCCUAGAUUCCAGCCAGUUUCCCUCCUUGUCAAAGACAGGGGCAGGAUCUUUAAAAGCCAACACAAAUUGUCUGGCAGGAAGACUCCUCAACCCCCUGAAGAGGUUCAUGUAUUAACUAACAUUUUGUCUGUAGUAGCUCCUACACACUGUCUGCUUUUGGGUUCUAAACUUUAUCCCCCCCCCCCCAGUGACACUCCAGGGAAACCUUAACGUUACAGAAGAUGAAUAAACGAGGUUUUUUUUUCCCAGCGUAGUCCCGUUUAUGGCUUUAUUGCUACCCAUUGAUUACUCUGCUUUGUUACACAGAAGGAAAAGAUCAUAAAACCCGGCGACAUCCGGGUUCUUGUUAUAGUCAAUCUCAAAAAAAAAAAUUAGUGAGGGGAAAAUAUGAGUUUUCACUGCUUCCUGCUUGUACCCUGCCACCCUCUCUUUGUCAGCUCCAAGUAUUUCCAGCCUAUGUCCAUAUCAAAUUCAGUUUGGAUUAAUCAGAGGGAAACCCCAGCUGCACACCUUCUGCGGUUUCAGUUCACUCACUGCAGCUCUCUGAAGCCCCUUCAAAACUGGUCUUUUCUAAUCUUCUCCUCCCUUUUCCCAGCCUCAAGGUGGGGGAGAAAAUGGAGGUAAGGGCUGCUGAGAAUCCGGAGGUGACUGGCUGGGUGACAGCCCAAGAACUCCCCAGGAAUCCUGUGCUAGGGUCUUCUAGCCUUAAAGCUCAGGUCCAGGGGCACCACUCCUGGCAGGGCAGUAAAUCCAGAGCAGAUAGGGUCUUCUGACCUGGGCAGGGGCUUGAACCUGUUGGAAGGUAGCUGUUCAUUGGAGUCUCACCAAUUUUGUCGUUCAGACUCCUCUUAUGUGAAUUACCCCACUGGCCUGAGCUGGUUCCAAAUCAUAAAUUCUCACCAACAUAAACAGGAGUUGAUGUCUUUAGAAGAAUCUUAGUCUCUCUCUCUCUCUCUCUCUCUCUCUCUCUCUCUCUCUCUCUCUCUCUCAAUGUAUUAUUAUUAUACAUGCUUUCUUUUAGGUAAAAAUGUUGCAAGAGUUUCCCCAAAAGAGAGGUCCUGGGGAGGGGCAGUAGGCUAGGAGGAAAAGGAGAGCAGAUGCUUACUCAGGACCUCCACUGUACCGUGGUCUCACCCUCACCCUUCUUUAGAUCGACAUAUCCUAUCCUCUAACCCAAGGCUCUCAGCUGCACUGCCUUCCUCUGUGCACCGUGUUCCAGGAAAUUUCCCCUUCCUUUUGAUUUUUUUUUAAUUAUUGGAAAAAUAUGCUGUCUAGUGAUGGAGACUCACUUCAUGGGUGUCAAGCCAGAAUGUCUUGUAGAAUUUCUGGGAACUUCCUCCCACUGGGAAGGAUCUCCUCAAAUGAAGCAACCAGGAUGUAAUUUUAGAAAAGGGGCAAAUACAAAAGAUGAAAUCGGACUGAAAACACAAGGAUUUCUCCCGCCCUGCAUUUGGCUACAGCACAACAAAGUUAGCUGGGGCUGAGAGAUUUCCUGGGACUAGACCUUUCCUUCCACAGGGUACAAGGCCCCGCUCGUGGACCUGCACCCCACCACCAGCAGCUCCUUACAUAUAUAUUCUUAAAAGAAAACCAAGUCUUACUUUCAAAGCACACACUUAGUCUCAACUAGGGAAUCAACAGAAGCAGAAGCGAUUUUUUUCCCCCUUCUUGACAUCUGGCUUGCGAUUGGCUGGAAGGGGGUCAGCUGACUUUGUCAUUUUGUCUGUCCUGGAUUGGAGCCGUCCCUAUAACCAUCUAGUUCCGAGUACAAACUGGAGACAGAAAUAAAUAUUAAAGAAAUCAUAGCCCGACCAGGUAAAGGCAAAGGGAUGAAUUCCUACUUCACUAACCCUUCCUUAUCCUGCCACCUCGCCGGGGGCCAGGACGUCCUCCCCAACGUCGCCCUCAAUUCCACCGCCUAUGAUCCAGUGAGGCAUUUCUCGACCUAUGGAGCAGCCGUAGCUCAGAACCGGAUCUACUCGACUCCCUUUUAUUCGCCACAGGAGAAUGUCGUGUUCAGUUCCAGCCGGGGGCCGUAUGACUAUGGAUCUAAUUCCUUUUACCAGGAGAAAGACAUGCUCUCAAACUGCAGACAAAACAGCUUAGCUCAUAACACACAGACCUCAAUCGCUCAGGAUUUUAGUUCUGAGCAGGGCAGGACUGCGCCCCAGGACCAGAAAGCCAGUAUCCAGAUUUACCCCUGGAUGCAGCGAAUGAAUUCGCACAGUGGGGUCGGUUACGGAGCGGACCGGAGGCGCGGCCGCCAGAUCUACUCUCGGUACCAGACCCUGGAACUGGAGAAGGAAUUUCACUUCAACCGCUACCUAACUCGGCGCCGGCGCAUCGAGAUCGCCAAUGCUCUGUGCCUGACCGAGCGACAGAUCAAAAUCUGGUUCCAGAACCGCCGGAUGAAGUGGAAAAAAGAAUCUAAUCUCACGUCCACGCUUUCGGGGGGCGGCGGAGGGGCAGCCGCUGACAGCCUGGGAGGAAAAGAGGAAAAGCGGGAAGACACAGAAGAGGAGAAGCAGAAAGAGUGACCAGAACUGCCCUUGCACCCCUCUCUCUGCCCUGGCGCAUCCCAGCUCCCGAAUCACACACUCUGUAUUUAUCACUGGCACAAUUGAUGUGUUGUGACUUCCUAAAACAAGAUAGGGAGUCAGACGUGGACCUGAAAGUCAGCUCUGGAUCCCCCCCCUCACUGCACAACUCUUCCGAGCCUCCUCCUCCUCUAGCUCCCUCGCUAGCUCCUUCUCGGCUUGUCUGCAGGCCCCUUCCCUCGCCCAGGCCUUGGGGACGCGGUCCCCAACCUCGCUUCAGACUCCACUGAUGUCCCUCCAAGUGAGCCCUAGGCUCCUUCCCCCCCCCCCGACGCCCUUAACCCCCGCCCCCGUGCAGAAAGCCGGCUCCCCGGACCUGGGGCCUCCACUCCAGGGCCUCAGGGCCGGGCCUGGCAGCCGGAGGGCGGGAGGCCUCAGGAGGGCUCGCCUUGGCCCCACAACACCCCCACCCCCACCCAGGGCUUUUCCCCAGUCCCUGCCCGGCCUUUCUGCCCCAGCAAAUGCCCAGUCCGGGCAAAUUGUAUUUAAAGAUUCCUGGGGGUCAUUAUGGCAUAUUACGAACUGUGACCGUUUCUGUGUGAAUAUUUCUAGCUGUAUUUGUGGUCUCUGUAUUUAUAUUUAUGUUUAGCACCGUCAGUGUUCUGAUUUCAUUUUAAAAAGGAUUAAAAAAAGAGAGAAAAUAACAAAAAGAGAAAAAAAGUGAAUGACGUUUGUUUAGUCAGUAGGAGAAAAUAAAGAAAGAAAGAAAUAAACCCCCUCUCGUGUUAUCCUCCUGUAUAAAUCCGACCUCUGGAUCCGUUCUCGAAUAUUUAAUAAAACUGAUAUUAUUUUUAAAAGU